AUGGCCAACAUGGCCCUCCAGCUGCUCGGCUUCUUCCUCAGCCUCCUGGGCCUGCUGGGGACACUCAUGGCCACGCUGCUGCCGCACUGGCGGCGUGCGGCGCGCGCGGGCACCACCAUCCUCACUGCUGUGGCCUAUGCAAGAGGCCUCUGGAUGGAGUGCGUGUGGUACAGCACCGGCGUCUACCAGUGCCAAGGGCACCGCUCCGAGCUGGCGCUGCCACCGGACCUGCGCGCUGCCCGCGCCUUGAUGGUAGCCUCAUGCGCCCUGUCCGUGCUGGGGUGCGCCCUGGCCGCCGUGGGCAUGGACUGCACGCCUCCCGCCACGCUCAGCGUGCUGGGCGGCGCGCUGCUCUGCGCCGCGAGCUGCCCAGCGGCGCCCGACCCACCGCGGCCCCGCGGGGCUGCCGCCUCCAGCGCGCCACAAGCCGCCUACAAGGGAGGCCGCGCGUCCUCGCGGGCAUCCGCUUCCCACAGCGGCUACAGAUUAAGGGACUACGUGUGA